AUGGAUCUGACCAAUUCUUCGACGGUUCAGUCAAACUGGCUGAACGUCGGAAAUGCUGAUCCUCAAUUGCAAGCAGCAUCCUGCAAAGAAAUCAUCGACCUUCCGCUCGUAUCAGCUUACAAUCAAGCAUUUUUGGAGACUAUCACCGAGGAGGGAAGUGAAUUUGAACCAUCCGAGGAUGGAAGUUUCAGUUGGGGGAACCACGCAGAUUCGUAUCAAGUCGAGAUUCUGUCCAACGAUUCGGUCCACAAAAACCAGGGCUUGGGAUUGGAUCAGCAAAUGAUCGGAGACUUGGAAUGUCCGGUAGACUACAUUGAUGUGAGUGAUAUCUGUUUAUCAUUGCGGGGCCCACUUGGAUCAGAUCGAAUAGCGGGAUCUCGUGAUAUUGAACAAUCGUCAACCGAUCUUUGCGAGGUGGAUCGGAAAACACCACAUCCUCAAGAGCAGGUAAAUAGAAGAGGUUCUUACGAUAGCUCGUCUUCGAAUGAGCUGUUUGGUACCUCAGAUUAUCAGAGGUACGAUAAUGUUGAUCCCAAACAACCAGAUGUGAGGCUAGUAAGUGGUAAAACGCAUGAGAGAAAGGAUUUUCUGAGGACUACUCCAGCUAUAUGGACAGAACCGAGAAAUGAAGAGGUGGAAGAUGAAGUACUUGUAUUAUCAGCAGAGAGCGGGACCAACAGGUUAUGCUGGAAGUUUGAAAGUAAAGACGGUUCCCAGAAAGAAAGCCGACCGGUAGUGGGAAACGAUAACGGAUUUCUAUGGCAGAGAAGGUGUGAGGAAAUAUCAGUGACAGAUGGUCAGAAAACAAACGUGCCUCAAACAAAAUCUUGUGAGAGCUUGACCAAUCACCCUAUUCAUACACAUUUACCAUACGGUGGCGACAGACCUCGGUACGAAUAUCCAACCGACUGUAAUCUGUUUGGUCCCCCAACACAGUCUAUUCGACAUGAUGAAUCAAUUCUAAAGCCUGUAUUGGGAAAAGAGAGUCAAGACAAAAUGCACGAAACUCCGCCCUCCAGACAAACUAGUUCAUCGUUUCUGGUUGACAGUCAAGGUUCAACCACAUCAAGUAUCUUCCAACCUGUUUCACGCCUGACUGGACAACGAAGUGGAUCCGCUGAAUGGUCUUGGCAACCACAAUUGCAAGGAUCGUUCUCACCGCAUUUUCCCACUCAUUUUACGGCGAACAGUCGGAAGACGGAAAAUCGCUGUGGAGAAUGGUCACACAAUUCCAAUUUUCCUGUGAUCCAGCCGUGUUCACAAAGAUUCCAAUCCAGGUUUCAGGGUUCUUCCCUUAUCCCGCGCCCACCUCCCUUACCGAAAGCAAUCGUAACUAGCCAUUUUGCGCCAUGCUUUCCGUCGACCAAUCCCGUUUUCUCGUGUGACAGGAAUAAUACUUCGAACAGUAUCCUCAACUCUUCACGUAUGUUCAAUCAAACUCGCCAAUUCGGUUCGGAGGCGGAAAAACCAAAUUCAUCAUUGGCCACAAUGCGAUUUGAACAAUCGUCUGCUCAGCUUGCUAAUGAUGCAGAUCGCUUGUGGAGGGGAAAACUGGCUAGUGAGAGUCUGAUCAACAAGACUGGUGAGGUCAAGAAUGAAUUCGAUUUUUAUUGCAGCUACCCAAGGCAGCACUACUCAAACUUUGAGUUGAAUGAAACACGUUCGACAGGCCAGUACUAUUCAGGAGUUGACGUCAGUCCAAUUGGUUUUUCAAACACCAAGCCAACUGUUCGCAUGAGAAUGGUUCACCCGUCCUUCGGCCCUCCCAACGGUGUGUAUGAGAACGUACAAGUUUCUGAGACAAAACCGGCCAUUCACACCAGGGGUGGAAUAACGUCAAACUUCUCGCAGAAUUCCGGUUUUAAAGCGGGACAGAUAGAUGUCUCACGUGUGCGCCCGACUCUUAAUGGGACCAGUAAAAUGAAGGAGAGAAUGUCUGGUGUAGAAUUUCAAAGUUCAAUGUGGAUUGCUAACUCAACACCAAGAUCGGAGCUGAGCACAAACUCUUCUGAACCGCAAGAAGCUCCAAAAAGCACAGUCCAAGCGGAAAAUUUCGACUGUAAAACCGAUUCACCUAAUGUGUCAGGGCUUUUAAAACCAAGCAUAUCUAAUGGUUUUCGUCCUUUACACCGAUCCCCAGCAGUGCUGGGAGUUAGUGAGCUUCUUUCUAAAACAGAUGAGGAGUUGUGCAAAUUUAUGGAAGAUGUAAGAAUUCCAAAUGUUCAAGAACGACCAAGUCCUCAAGGUAGUGAAGCAACGCAAAACCAGAUAACAUCAAUGCCGACAGAUCAUUCUCCUGCUCGAAGGCGGUUUCAUUAUAUCAACAACCAGAAUUCGAAACCAAGCUACUGCGAGACCUUGGGGACGGACAGUGCUAGCGAUCAGCUGGACCGGCGAAGUUUCUACGACUACGGAUGUGAUGAUGAGGAUGAAGAUGUGGAAGAUGACGAGGAUUUGUUCGGACCGCCUGGUGUGAAUGAGCGCCCAGCCACUCGUAAAUCGCACCCCAUAAAUCCGUCCAACCACUCCGCCUUACAAGAUAGAACGCAUUUGUACAACAUGCCAUAUGAGACUGCCAGUUCGAUUUUAGACGACAUAAUGAAAUUGGAUAUGGACGGUUCCCGUUAUGUAUGGUCAGAUACGUGUCAGUCACCGCACUCUACAAAACAAGACCACACAUUUAGCAAGUCCAACAACCAUGUGCUUGGACGUGAUAUAUUUGAACCGUGGGAUUUACCGUACAUUGACAGUGAUGCGUUCGCUGGCGAACCAUGGGCUGCCACUUAUGGAUCUGCUUUGGAAACAUUUCUACAAAGACCGAAGAAAGCCAGUCUUGAUGAAAUCACAUUGACUUCGAGUAAGUUUGGUUAUUGCCUACAUUAUUGUUGAAGCCGAGCUCCUGUCGAAACUCCUGGGGAAGUGCAUCCGACCUCAACCGAGUUGGACGCGAACUAUCCUCACGGGAAGUAGACAACGAUGAUGAGAGUUCCAACCGACCCAGAACAAAACGUGUGCGUAUACGGUCUCGAAGGGAUUUUCACAGCUAUGACAUUUCCACAGAUACAAAAAGUGCCUCUCGACUGCGAAAAAUUACAGGCCCCUGGUUUCAACGAUUAUGUGGCUGUGUACGGUCCUCCCGUUUUCGGAAAAAGGAUCUUCAUUAAUUUGUCAACUUUUAAACCUUUUGUCCCAUUGUAUAGCAAAUAUUCUGAAGGUUUGCCUAUUUUUCCCUCGAGUUUCAAAUUUCAAAUUUGUGUGUAAAUAAAACGAGAAUGAUGAUGUUUUUCCACCAGCGCCCCCAUUUCACACACUCCACAUUCAUUAUUCUUCCGCACACGACACAUUUGUAGACCAAUCGGACAUGUCUAAGUCAUUUUCGAUUUGAACCCUUUCGAACAAUUUCGACAGUUUUUGCGAUCUUUCGUCAAACAGAAGAGAAAUAUUCAUUUUCUCUUCUCUCAAGCACUGUUCUCAACGCUGACUUAGAACCGGUCGGUUUUCCGCUUGUCUUGUUCAGACCCAACAUAUGUAGAUUUUGUCACUGUGAAUAACUUGUGUUGGCUUUUUUUACGGAACGGCAUUUUCUACCAUGUAAUCAACACAAACAGGCAG